GUUGGCUACCUCGCCACGCCAACCCAGCCACCGUGAUCGAUCGAUCCAACGACGGAAAACCGCCGCCGCGGCCGAAUCCGAGCCCCGCCGGCGAGAUCCUCGCGGCGGCCCGGCGGCCGGCGAGGCCCCACGCGCGCUCGCGCGCUCGUGCCUUCCUCGUCACGACACCCCUAGGUUCAUCCUAGGAGGAGGGGAAUUCGGAUUUUGGAUUUUGGGGCAUCGUGUUAAUGGCGGUGCGGCCGGGGUGGGCGGUGGCGGUGGCGCGGGCGUCGGCGGCGGCGUGGCAGCGCGUGGCGUGCAACCCGGAGACGCUCCCCGCCGACCAGGUCCUCGGGCUGCUCUGCUGCGCGCCGCUCCACCUCCUCGCCCGCCUCGCCGCGUUCCUCUGCAUCCCCUUCGUCCCCGUCCAAGCCAUGCCCCGCCUCCUCUCCCCUCGCCUGCAAGGCCACCCGCGCCGCCUCCUCCUCCUCCCGCCUCAGGAGUUCGUCGAAGUCGAACCUAUGUACUCCCCUUUCCCUUCCUCCUCCUCGUCCUCGUCGGAUGACGAUGACGACAGCGACAUCGAGGACGGGGAGAUUGUUCAUCUUCACUUCGAUUGAGGUUGCUUAGGAAUAAGGCUCUGUGGGAGGCAACUUUUGGGCUUUCAGGUGCAAAGAUUGAAUGCAUACUUGCAUUCUGUACCUGAUGCAAAAUCAUUCGCCCUUGCAUCUAGCACUCAGAACCUAACACGUUCUGAGGUUGUUCAUUGAUAAUAGUUCCAUAGGUUAGAAGCUCUAUUUUUAUGAUUGCAUUGUUUUAUUGUGGAACUCAUCACUGGGUAGUGCUGAUGAACGCCACACACUGUAUUUAAAAGUUGAAAUGCAAUUCCAGAUAUUGAUUGAAGAUGGCUGUUUUCUUUGUUGAAAAUAUGUUAUGUAUUAUACUUGAUGAAUGA